AUGCAGCCACGGGCAGAUCUAAAGGAUAUCCCCAACAACUUCCCCGGAAUUCCUCCGUUCCCCGAUGAUGUCUCGACGGCACCCCUUCUUCGACUGUCAUCGGGGAAGCUACUCGCAGGGAACCCUGGGGAGUACAGAAGACUGUUCCAAGCGUCCACAGAUAUCGGAUUUUUCUACCUCGAUUUGUCAGACUCGGAGCAAGGCGCAUCACUCCUCGGCGAUGCAGACAAGCUGUUCGAAGUUGGAGCGGGGCUUUUCGAGCUGAAUCUUGAGGAGAAGAAACAGUAUGAUUUCAGUGGACAGAACUCGUACUUUGGAUAUAAAGCACAGGGAGCGGCGGUGGUCGACAAAGAGGGGAAUCUGGACCGGAACGAGUUCUACAAUGUCUCCAAAGACGAUAUCUUAGGCAUUAGCGAUCCCCUGCCGGCACCAGAAAUCCUGCACCAAAGCCGGGCCCAACUGGGAAGCUUCAUGCGGGGGUCCCACGCAAUCGUAACCCUAAUUCUGACCAUCCUAAACGACCAACUCGCCCUACCAAAAGACACACUCCCCAAUCUACACCGACAACAAUCUACGGACUGCAUUGGGUCAGCACACCGACUUUGGCAGCGUCACAGUCCUCUUCAACCGACUGGGGGACUCCAAGUGCUACCACCAGGCGCUGAUGCCGAAUGGGUUUAUGUGAGACCCCUUCCUGGCCAUGCUAUUGUCAAUCUUGGUGAUGCGAUGGUCAAGUUUACGAAUGGGUUGUUUCGAUCCAAUAUCCACCGGGUUGUGGCCCCGCCAGGACUACAGGCGGAGUUGACGCGGUACAGUCUUGUGUAUUUUGCUCGGCCUGAGGAUAGUGUGUUGUUGCGGCGGUUGGAGGGAUCUGAUCGGAUUCCGGCUAUGGAGGAUGGUCAGACCGAGGAGGAGAUUAAUAGCAAGGACUGGAUUAUUCGGCGGGCUUUGGGACGUCGGGUGGAUUUGGUAGCUGAUAUUGAUUUUGAGAGAUCUGCUGGGACGGAGCAGAUUAGUCGGAGGAUCAAGGUUUAG